CGUUGUUCUUAACAAAAAUGAGGUUAGUUGAUCAAGCUUACUUCUUACUCAUCUUCCUUACACUCACUGCAACAUCAACAUUAGCUCAGAAAUACGCUAGGUAUGGAUGCCAAGAUAUGUGCGGGGACGUGAGGAUUCCAUACCCUUUUGGCAUCGGACCAAGUUGUUCUGUCAACGAAUGGUACACUGUUGAUUGCAACUCCUCGAUGCCAUAUCUAUCUGCACUACACAACCUGGAGGUAUUGGACAUUAACUUGAAAAACCAAACUGUAACUGUUAAUGUUUCCAUGAUCUCUGAUUGCCAGAAUCUUGUCCGUAAUAGCACUCAAAUCUUGAACGUCGAUCUUGGUAACAGUCCAUAUCUGUUUUCCAGAGUACAUAACACAUUUGUUGUAGAGGGGUGUGGUAACGCUGUCAUCUUGGACCAUGGGUCUGCAGUCACUGGUUGUUCAUCGACAUGUGGCAAUGGCACUGUUGGUGACAAAGACAAGUGCCUUGGCGUCAGUUGUUGCCAAACGGUAAUUCCUAAUUAUCUUAAGUCCUACAGCAUCGAUCUCACGGGUUUGGAAAGGCAGGGAGGAGAUGGAGCUUGUGGGUCUGCUUUCUUGGUGCAUAAGAGUUCAUAUGAUGAAGGAAGGUUUUCUGGGCAAUCUGUUGCAGGGGACAACUCUUAUGUUCCGAUAUCACUUCUGUGGACUUUAUCAGACCAUGAUUCGGUAAAAUUAAUGUGUUGUAAUGGGCGGGAAGUUAGAGUCAAACUUGAUCUUGGUAAUGGUACUUCAGUCGAGUCGUGGAAAUGCAGAAUCACUUUGCCACUAGAAGGAAACCCUUAUUUAAAUGAUGGAUGUGUUGUGACAGAAGAAUGUUCAAGGUGCCGGGCUAAUAAUAGUUAUUGUGACUACGAUGAAAUAUAUGAUGAUCAUGACCGUGUUAGCGAAUGGAACAUCACUUGUUCUCCCAUUCAAGAUACUCUCCCCGGUUCUAAAAGUAGAUCAUCCGUAGGUGUUAUUCUAGGUGUUACCAUAAGCUUCGGUGUACUUUUCCUUGUGGGAAGCAGCUUUUCCUUGUUCAAAGUGAUCAAGAAAACAAAGGCUAGGAGACAGAGAAAGAGGUUUUUUAAGCGGAAUGGUGGUUUACUUCUAAAACAACAAGAAGAAGCCGAUCCAUCUUUAGUUGAUAAAACUAUACUUUUCACAUCACGCGAGUUGGAGAAAGCUACUGACUCCUUCAAUGAAAAUAGAAUUCUCGGGCGUGGAGGCCAAGGUACCGUAUAUAAAGGGAUGUUGGUGGACGGAAGGAUUGUAGCAGUGAAGAAAUCAAAACUAGUUGAUGAAAGUCAAUUAGAGCAGUUCAUCAAUGAGGUGGUCAUUCUUUCCCAAGUCGAUCAUAGAAAUGUGGUGAAGCUAUUAGGAUGUUGCUUAGAGACAGAGGUUCCUUUGUUAGUUUCCGAAUUCAUUUCAAAUGGGACUUUGUACGACAGGAUACACAAUGAGAGAAAUGAGUUCCCAAUUUCUUUCAACAUGAGAUUACAAAUUGCUACCGAGGUUGCCGGAGCACUUGCCUACUUACAUUCUGCAACUUCCAUACCAAUAUACCAUCGGGAUAUCAAAACCACUAAUAUACUUUUGGAUGAAAAAUACAGGGCCAAAGUAUCAGAUUUUGGAACUUCAAGGUUCGUAUCAAUAGAUCAAACUCAUUUGACUACGUUAGUCAAAGGUACUUUCGGCUACCUAGAUCCUGAGUACUUCCAGUCGAGUCAAUUCACUGAAAAGAGUGAUGUGUAUAGUUUUGGAGUUGUUUUAGUUGAACUCUUGACGGGUGAAAAGCCAAUUUCCUUAACUAGAUUUGGUGAAAAUAGAAGUUUGGCGGUGCAUUUCAUGUUGGCUAUGGAAGAAGGGCGUGUUAUUUCUAUUUUUGAUGCAAAUGUGAUUAAAGAAAGUACCAAAGAUGAGCUCUUCGUAUUAGCAAAUCUUGCAAUGCGAUGCUUGAAUAUGAAUGGUAAAAAUAGGCCUACAAUGAAAGAAGUAGCAAUAGAGUUAGAAACGAUAAGAACAUCACACAUUCCCUCUUUGGUUGAAACUAAUACCAGACAGGUUGUGUACGAGGAGGACUUUUCAAUGCUAAGUUACGGCGAAUCAACAUCAACAUUUUGAGUUCCGAUUAUAAUAGUAGUAGUUAGUCACAAAAGGUUAGCCAUUAGUGUUUAAUUUUCCUAUAUUUAAAUGUAUGCAUGUAAUAUAUGUGGAUGCGUAUAUAAGGACUCUCACGGCAAUUGCGUACAUUAUUGUAUAUUUUUCUACGAG